AUGACUGCCGCGGAGGCCGAGAAAGAGGAGCCCAAACGGCGCCAGAUUUUUGCCGACAACUAUCGGACAGUUGUCGAACACAACACCGAAGCGGACGCUGGGCUACACCCGUACCGGUUGGGCGUCAACGAGUUCGCCGACAUGACCGACGAGGAGUUUAGGCAAAAGUAUCUGGGUCUGUUGCCGCCUAAACCGGGUAAUAUUACCACGUUAAAUACCGUACGCGAUUUAAAAACAACGGAGAUAGUACCUGAUAGUAUUGAUUGGCGCGAACAACAUGUGGUCACACCAGUUAAGAACCAAGGAUCGGUAGUGAUCGAAAACUUCUAA